GACGGAAAGCCGCCGACAUCACAGAGAAAUGCCGAGUGAUUGCUGAGUUCACACCCGGUCUUCACAACAUAGCGCCUGUGGUCACAAUAAGGCUGCUGACCGGGCGCUCGGCAGUUCUUCAUCGACCUACUCUGUUUCCCAACGCACCGUGGUCCCUAUCGCAUCGAUAGAUUUCACCUAAUAUUUACGACAACUCUUGAUCAACACCCACUAAAGCCCUGAGCAACCAACUCUUAGACUACUCGUCGUCUACUGGCCCGGCCUUUGAACGUUCCCACAACCUCGGCUCUCGAGCCAACCAGUUAUCCAUGGCCGGAGUUCUUGAGCCUGAGGCUGGAAUUUUUUACGCCGUGUGCUGGAUCGUCGUCAUCAUCCGACUUAUAUCACGAAGAAUACAUCGUGGAUCAUGGAAAUUAUUGCAAUUAGAUGAUUACUUAAUACUUGUAGCCAUGGCUACCGACACAGUGCUGAUUGCUAUCAUGCAUGAAGUCACAAAGACUAGCAGCAACCUAAUACCGCCGGGAGACGACGUCUCUAAAUAUUCAGAUGCCGAAAUCAAGAUGCGUAUAUACGGAUCCAAGCUGGUCUUGGUAGUAGAGCAGAUGCAACUCCUAACCAUAUGGCUGGUCAAGGCAUGCUUGCUCAUAAUGUACAACCGUAUGACGAUGGUCCUCCCGCAACACAAGAUCGUCAUCGCCACCUCUAUAUAUGUCGCCGUCGCAUUUGUGGUCAUGGAAAUAUUGUACCUUGGGGUUUGGUGUCGACCAUUCUCGCAAUACUGGGCAGUACCUCCGAAUUCGAAACAAUGCUCGGCAGCGACCAAUCAUCUCAUCACAAACGCCGUCUUCAAUAUUUCAAGUGAUUUGAUCAUCAUAAGCAUACCCAUGCCGUUGCUCUUCAAAGUACGCCUACCGAAGAAGAACAAAACGAUCCUUUUCGUGAUCUUCUGUAUAGGAGCGUUCACCAUCGUCGCAGCAGUCCUCAACAAAUACUACUCGUUCACAAAUCCCUUUGGAACUGAGUGGACGAUCUGGUACCUUCGAGAGUCGUAUACAGCGAUACUCUGCGCGAAUCUGCCCUUGACCUAUCCACUUAUACAACGGGUUCUCGGUCUGAGAAAUUGGAGUUCCAACACGUAUACUGCGGAUGGUACAUAUGGGCCCAAUACCGUCACACGAGCGCCGCAAUCUGCACACACCCGCGCAUAUUGGCCGGAACCUAGACCGGAACCGAUACCUAGAGGCUUCCGGGAUAUCUUCAGGCGGACGGAGAGCCAAGAAGACAUGAAUGGCGGUCUCGGGAAGCAAAGGGAGGAUCAGGAUCCACAGUUCAUCACCAGUGCUAUCGAAAUGGAGGACGCGAGGUCACUACGAGUGUCGAGCGUGAGCAAUCCUGCCAGUUGGCGAACGUCCGCAACGACGGAGGGCCAUAAGGAUCAGGAGAUUUUCCAUGCCGUAUGAAUGAAUCCACGAAUUCUUAUCAACACGACAGGCUACACUUGCGACCGCACAUGCGCGUACUUGCUUCUUUCAGGCAAGCCGUGAUUAAAGAUGUGCUUGAAACGAUCUGAGCCUCUGGCAUCGGUCCGUCUUGUACGUGGAGUCGUGUUCUCGUC